AUGGUUGCUGUCAUAGCAUAUGCCCCUUGUCCACAUUAAAUUGACCAAUUAAUAAUUAACCUAAGGAGAGGUAUCCAUUUCCAGACCUUCAAAGUUCAAAUUUAUAUAUCACUUUUAAAAGGGGAUAAAGUUUUAAUAGUGUAUUAUCUUAGUGGAUGGGAGGAAAAAUCAUUUCCUUUUCGGACUACUCUCCCUUUAGCCUUCAGUCUGCAACCUUUAAUCGCUCUCAAACAGAGAUAUCCCCAUUACUGUUGCUGCUUCGGUUUCUCAUAGAUCAACUUCGGUUGAUAGACUAAGAAUAUUAGAUCUGUGAUGGUCAAAAUUCCUCACGUUGAGUUGGAUCUAUAUAAAGCUCUCCCCACGACUCUUGCUGCUUCAGUUUCGACCUCAUCAGCUUAGUCUUCUCUCUUUGGUCUUUAGUCAAAUCAGCGAAGACAAGUCUCACUGAUUUACCUUUACGGCUUUACCCUCUCUUUGGUGACUGUGAUCACCCCACAACUCUUGCUGCUUCAGUUUCUUCUUUCUCCUCAAUAUUCAUCCAAUUUUUCUGCGUUUUUUUCUUGCUGCUUCAGUUUCUCACAGAUUAGCUUGAGAUGGAGGGACGAAAAUGGGAAGAGUUAAACAUGGAUAUUUUGGUGAAUGUAUUUGGAAGACUGGGAAUGGAGUCGUUGUUGUUGGAUGUUCCCUUUGUAUGCAAGCCUUGGUAUAAAGCGAGCCGCGAACCUCAGUGCUGGGAGCAUCUUAUUUUUCCUGAAUACAUCAAAUCUGACGAUAUAUGGGAAGAAGAUAGCCCCGACAGGGGUUUUGCAGAGAGGUUAGUGACUACAUAUCAAGAAAACUUGUCUGUCACUGCAUUCAUGAAGUUCAUAGUUAACCGUAGCGGUGGAUGUGCCACAAUCAUCAAACUCCCCAAAGACUGCACCGAGGAGGCACUGGAGUAUAUUGCAAACGAGUGUCCCAGAUUAAAGGGUUUGGAUGUGGUUUUUAAUAAUUUUUCUAUCGAAGAUAUUAUUCCAAAAAUAAGCAAGUGGAAAAGCUUGGAAAUGAUGAGACUAGGGAAAUUUCAUAUAGGGGAAUUUCACAUGAAAUCUGUCCUACCACAGAUCGGUCUUCACUGCAACAACUUCAUUUGGCUAUCAGCUCCAUAUGCCGGCAUUGAGAAAGAUGAAGCAUCGGCCAUCGUGGCCUUACUGCCAAGACUCAAGUACUUGGAUCUACAUUCCUCAUUUUUUGAGAAGGAAGCUCUAGUGAUGAUAUUGCAGGGCUGCAAACAGCUAGUUCAUUUAGACGUCAGGAAGUGCUUUGGUUUUUGUGAUGAUGAUGCCGAGAUAUUGGAGCUUGCUUCACAUAUUCCUGUAUUCAUGUGUGAAGGGUCGGGCAUAAUACCUGAGAUAGAAACCAGUUAUCUGCGUGACCGCAGGCUUGACCAUGAGCUAUACUGCGAUCAAAUUAAUCACGAUGACUGUGUUUAUGAUUUAUUCGAUUAUGAUGAUUUGUUUGACGGUUUGUGAUUUCAGUUGAGAUUCAGGUGGGCUUGUUAAUAAGCUAAAGCGCUAUGAAAAACUCGCUUGUGUGCCUCUUUAUGUAAUGUAAGACAAAUUACUAGUGACUCUGAAGAGUUAAUGCUGCUCUACCUAGACUGCAAAAUAUGCUAAUAUUGUUCGACUUUUGUGUAAUGUCUUUAUAAAUAUUGCUUUGAGCUAAACAUAUAAUUAUAUUUGACUUUUGGCUUC